AUGAUGUCGGUCGGUGGCGAAGUGUUGUCGCUCGACUGGAACAAGUACCGCCCAAUGACUCUGGCGACCGGCAGCACGGACCGUGCAGUGAAAGUGUGGGACAUGCGCAAGUCAGCUGGCGGUAUGGCUGCAGCGGCGCCUGUCACUGAGAGCACCGUGCUUGUCGGGCACCAGUAUGCUGUGCGUGGCCUGGCCUGGUCGACGCACCAACCGAGCAUUCUGGCCAGUGCGAGCUAUGAUAUGUCUGUGCGCAUCUGGAAUGUGGACGACGCGCCGCCCUCCCACCAAGUGUCUGUGCUCAAUACACCGCGCAUGGUCUACCCCAUGCACAAAGAGUUUGUCGUUGGCGUCGCUUGGUCGCUCUUUGAGCCGGGCCUUCUUGCGAGCACCUCGUGGGAUACUGAAACGCACGUCUGGCCAGCGGCCGCGUGA